GCCUCACUCGGGUUGAAUAGUGUGUCCUCUUCUGCACUGCUCCUGUGUACGUCUUCGUCGUCUUUGUGUUCCGUAUGCAUCUUCCGGGUGGAACGACAGAGAUGUGGGGGGAGAUGUACGGCGGCCUAUGUUCGGCCCUCAGCGAACACCACGGCGAACUCGUUCAGACCGGUUCGCCAAGCAUUCUCUGUUCGGCGCUUCCCAAUCACUGGCGGUCCAACAAGUCCCUGCCUACCGCGUUCAAAGUUGUCGCUCUGGACGACGUCCCAGACGGAACGUUGGUCACCGUGAAGGCUGGAAACGACGAGAACUACUGUGCGGAACUUAGAAACGGAUCAGCAGUUAUGAAAAAUCAAGUAGCGAAGUUUAAUGACCUCAGGUUCGUCGGAAGAAGUGGCAGGGGGAAAAGCUUCUCACUCACAAUCAUGAUCGGUUCUUCUCCUCACCAGAUGGCGGUGUACUCCAAAGCCAUUAAAGUCACCGUGGAUGGACCUCGUGAACCAAGGUCUAAGUCAAGCUUCCAUUAUAUGGCCUCAGGCGGUAGCCCCCUGACCCUGGGAGGUUUCUCUUUGCUGCCCCCGGGCUGGUUGGACGCCGCCUACCUCAGCGCCUAUUGGCCGGAAUACAUGAGGAGGCACCCAGCGAUGGACCUCUGCAAGAUAGCGGCUCACCCGCAUCCAUUACCCCCUUCUCCGCUCAAAGAAGCGAACUGCUCGCCGGCCAUGAUUGCACCAGGCAGCGAAUUGCUGCCGCCCCCACUGCCUCUCCUCCCAGCUCUGCCGCCGCCACAUGGUUCCGCCUUCAAACCACCCCCCGCCAGCCCGAAAGAGAACAAGACGAAGCCGAAUGUUUGGAGGCCGUACUAACCACCGCUGUGAUCAUCAAAUAAUUAUGUUAUUACUGUAAAUAGUAAGACAAAGAAAGAUUUAUAUACCAAGAAAGAGAGAUUUUUAUUGAAAUUUGUAAUUAACUGUAAAUAAUAUAAGAUAGUUAUUGUAAAUAUAUAUAUAUAUAAAUGAUUAAUUAUGUAUAAGUUUAAAUACAAGUUUAUAUUGUGAUCAUUUGUGUAAAUAGACAUAGAAACUAUCGAAGUUAACUUUAACAAGAUUUUAUUGUUUAUAGCUUAAGUGUUGAAUUUUAAGAACAAGGCUUCAUGGAAACAAAUCUAUUGCCAGGAGCAAUCUGAAAUAAUAAAAUUUAAAAAUAUAUAAUUUAUAUGUAAAAUAUAUAAAUAUUUAUAUCUUA